CGCCAUCCAUCCACCCGUCCAUGUUUGUUAUUGCAGUGCUUGCUCUCGCGUGUUUUACGAAGACGUUUCUCGGUUCCCAGCGCUUACUUCUUUUUGUGGCCAAACAACGCGCAUUCGGCGCUUGCUCGGUUGCAUUGAAUUUUAGGGUGAAACGUUUAAAGAUCAAUAAUGGCACAGGGAAACUUAGAGCUUUGUAAAGUUAUCGACACGCUGACAUCUUCGGCACCAGUACACGUUAAAAACGAGUGCAUGGCGAAACUGAAGCUGUUUUGUCGUUCGUCAGAUCGUAUGUUGAAGGAAGCCUGUGCCUUGCUUAAAGAGAGGCUGGAGGAGGACGACGCCGAUGUCCGUUUAGACACGCUUGCUGUCAUCCAUGAACUGUUCACGAGGUCGCACUUGUUUCGGACAUUGAUCUUGGAAGAUUUUCAGAGAAUUCUGGCACUGCUUGUCGGAACAAACAUAGACCUACCGCUUCCCGGAACUCUGGCAGCGUCCAAGAAGUUACAGGAUAAAUCCUGGGAAACGAUCGAAAAGUGGAACGAGAAAUUCGGCGCUAGCUACAAAAUCCUUUCCCUAGCCGUGGAAUAUUUGAAGAGCCGUAAACAGAAGAUGCAACAACCAGAACAGCAGCCUGCCUGGUCUCGAAGGCUUCUUGCUGAGAUUUCUGAGCGGACACCAGACAUGCAACUCAGUGUUACACAAAUGGAAAACUGCUUUCGUUUGUUGGUGCCCAGUGAGACGGAAGAAGAGGCAGGCAAGGAAUCUGCACCAGCCACAUGUCCAUUGCCAGGAACAUCAUUAGCCGAGCGUCUAAGAGACCAUGCCGUGCCUCUUACAUUCAACCUGGAAAUAGAAUUGUCACGAAAAGUAAAUGUGCGGAAGACAGCAGACAAUGAAGAAGUCCUGGACACUCUGCGACGGCUCGACAAAGAGCUGAUGGAGGCAUUCUUUCCAAUGGUUAAAAAGUGGCUUAAAGGACUGGCCAAGAUUAACCAUCCAAUAGAAGUACUGAGGAACACAAUUGACCUUAAACACCGCAUUGAAAUUGUGCACGAGAAGUUUGAAGAGUUGAAUGUGGGAUCUGAAGACUCCUCUGACAGUGAACUUGAAGAGGUGCCAGAAAAAGAAGGCUAUGAACCUGUGGUUCCUGCUGGCAGGCGGGCUGAGUAUGGCCUCAGACCUAUAGAGAAAAGGCCAAAAGUGAACAUGCCAGAUAAAGCCUCUCGGUGCAAGAAACCUGAGGAAGUGUCUGACCCAACUUCUCGAGAGGCGCAGCUGCUGAGGCUUAACAGGGUGCUCGGCAGUGAAAGCAGCAGUGAUGAGUAUGUCUUCUGGCACUUGUUAUGUAUUCUAUAUCGUACACAUUCCCUUUGUCUCCUUUCUAGUGGCAAGCCAACUAGCAAGAUUGUACCCAGCACUAAAGACCUCGAAGAGGCUGGUCCGAGCACAUCCAAUAGUGCGCCAGUACGGAACAUUGACCUGGACUUGAUUUACUGGGAACAAGACAAGAUUGAAAAAGAAGCAGGCAGUGGCUUCAGUGACCUGAACUGUGUUUGGAAAGGGACCUCCAAGGAUGAUGAUAAUGUGAAAGCACAGGCAUUGCCAUUUCGGGAGAGGCACAUAGAAUUCAGUGGGACAUUUGAGCCGGUAAAGUGGGCCUGCCGUGCACCACUUCCUAGUGGCAAAUUAUGUCCUCGUCGUGAUCGGCUGAAGUGCCCUCUGCAUGGCCCAAUUGUGGCCAGGGAUGAGCUUGGCAAUCCACGGGAUCCAAACCUGGCACAGCAAACACCAAGUGUGCCUGAGUGGCAAGAUCCCCAGCUGCUCCGGGACCUGGAGGCAGCCACAGGUGUCCAGCUCCACGUAGGCCGACCAGUGCGGCAGCAGCACAGUCGUCGCCGUCCAGUAACCAGUGCUAGGCAGCGUCUUGAAAAGAAGGUCUUCAACAAACGAGCAGCAAAAAGAGUGGCCGAAUCGAUGGAUGCCAUCGACAGCAAGAAGUUCAGUGACAAGUUUGGGCACCAGUGGAACUAUGCACUAGGGACAUGAGAGAAGCUAACCCCUUUUGAAUGUUAGGCGUGUAUUUUUGUGUACAUUGUGAAAUUGGAUGAAGAGGCCAAUUAAAGUCUGUACAUGCAUGAGCAUAUGCUGCAAAACACCUUAUGCAUUUCUAAGUUGGUGCUGAGCAUGACCUCAGCACUUGUGUGGUUGUUGUGAAGGCACAGUGAUGCUGAGCACAUCAAUAUGGAAAAUAUGAGUUGGUAUGCUAUAAGAUUGAAGUGGCCUCUGGUAAAGCACUGUCUUGGUGACAACUUCUGCAUACUUUGAAAAACUUCUUGAGCAGCAUAGUUUGUUCAAGAGCUAGUGGGCUACUGUGGCAAUAAAUUUAACUUUGAGCUCUAAUAGUUGAUUCCAUAUGCAACAAUUACAAUUGCUUGUUUAAUUAAGCUUGUUGAGAUUGUGGUGUAACUACUAUGUUUUUCAAUGAACACAUAUGAUGAGGCUCAUUGUUGUCUCAUCUUUACAGGCUCCUUUAUCACAAGGAACUGUUGGGAUUGGUUCUGAUCAAAUAUGAGGUGUCUUUUGCUGACAUAUGUUCUGCCAUUAUGGCCUGUGUAUAGGUGGAAAUACAACAAUACUUAUUCAAAUGUGUAUCAGAGAAAGAACUGCUGAUGCUUGUAAAACAAAUGAGUUGUUUCUUGUACUGUGCCUUUGCUAUCCAUAUCAAAUAUGUGAAAACAAAAGCUUCAUUGAUGCAGUUUCAAAUGUAAUGCUGUUCUGGUUGUGAAUCUGUCUAGUAAAUUUCCUAUAUAUAGUCUCCUUAGAGAAUGAUAGAAUAACAAGGCAUUCAAGAAUAAAUUCACCAGUUUUGUUUUUAUA